AGUCUGUAGGUGACUACAGAAGAAGGAGGAGCUCCAUCUGUUCUCUCUUCAGGCAGUUGUUGUGUCUCUCAGCGCUUGUUGGGUUCACAACCUAUUAAAUAAGCUGGCUGGUCUUCACUCUCCCAGACAAGUCAACUCAGGGGAGGCGGCAGGGCACGGGCCUUGGCCUGCAGCCCCAGCCGGGGCUGGGGCUGGGCUGCGAGGUGGGCAGGCGAGCAGCGGGCAAGACCAUCUCUGCAUGUGCAGCAUAGCCUCGGCCUGGGGCAGCGGGAGUGUGUGGCCAAAGCUGUGAGCAGAGGCACAGGUGGUGACAGGAGUAGAGGCACCCCAUGGGAAACAUACUGACCUGUUGUGUGUGUCCCAGGGCCAGCCCCGAGUUGCACCAGCACGAGGGGUCGGUGUGUCACUGUGAGUCUGAGAUCUAUGAGGCAGCAGCUGGGGACCUGAUAGCAGGAGUGCCUGUGGCUGCGGCUGUAGAGCCUGGUGAGGUGACUUUUGAAGCUGGUGAGGGCCUCCACAUGCACCACAUCUGUGAACCGGAGAUGCCUGAAGAUAUACCUUUGGAGCCCAACCCUUCUGACCAUCCAAAGGCAAGCACGAUAUUCCUGAGAAAAUCUCAAACAGAUGUACAAGAAAAAAGAAAAAGCAACUAUACAAAGCAUGUAUCUACUGAGCAUUUUACUCAACAAUACAGUUCAUGUUCGACAAUAUUCCUUGAUGACAGCACAGCCAGCCAGCCUCAUCUUACAAUGACACUAAAAUCUGUGACCUUGGCGAUAUAUUAUCAUAUCAAGAAAAGAGAUGCAGAUAGAUCUUUGGGCAUAUUUGAUGAACGGUUACACCCACUUACACGAAAAGAGGUUUUGGAGGAAUAUUUUAAGUAUGAUCCUGAACACAAAUUGAUUUUCAGAUUUGUUCAUACUCUGUUUAAAGCCAUGAGGCUAACAGCUGAAUUUGCAAUCGUAAGUUUGAUUUAUAUAGAAAGACUUGUAAGUUAUGCUAAUAUUGACAUUUGUCCAACUAACUGGAAGAGGAUUGUCUUGGGAGCCAUUCUUCUUGCCUCCAAGGUUUGGAGUGAUAUGGCUGCGUGGAGUGAGGACUACUGCAAGCUCUUUGAGAACACUACAGUUGAAGAAAUGAAUGAGUUGGAAAGGAAAUUCUUGAAGCUAAUUAAUUAUAAUGUCAACAUUACUAGCAGUGUUUAUAGCACAUUCUACUUCGAUCUUCGCACCUUGGCACACAACAACGGCCUGUAUUCACCAGUUUAUCUUCUUGACAGAGAAAGAGCAUGGAAGCUGGAGGCUUUUUCAAGGAUGGAACAAGACAGAGUUUUCUAUAGUGCUGCCAAGAAUGGGUCUUUGAGUGCUGAUGAUUUAAUUCAUCUUCAGCGUGCUAAGGCCAUCCUCUCCUGAAGGAAGAAAUGAGGAGUAAUGUAACAUCUGAACCCCUCAUCAAAAAAGACAGGAAAAUACGAACUCUCCUGCUAAAGAACUAGAAAGAUUGGUAUUUUCAAAAGAAGAAACACCUCAAUUCAAGUUAACUCAAGGACAACUAAGAUUGUACUUCGUAGUAAAGAAUGGGACCUUGUCAGGGCAACAACACACUCUUACACUCUUCUGUCCUGUUUAAUGUAAACAGAGUUAUAAAAACCACUCCAAAGUGAAGACUCCUGCCCACACACACAUAUUUGCUUAGUGUGUGGGCUGAUAGCUGUAAACUAUAUAAGGCUUUUAAAACAAUAGUUUAACUUUUUAGAUUUUAAAGAUAACUUGUCUGUUUCUUUCAUGUUUUUUUCUUUUCUCCAAUAUUCCUGCAUAUGCAUUUGGAAUCAGUGCAGUAUCACUGUUAAAACAUGGGAGUCUAACAACUCCUAAAGCCACUAGGAGCAGUCCCAGCAUUGUCAGGUAUGGAAGGGCUCUUCCUUCCUACUUUUACCAUGGAAGCUACAGUUACUGGCAAUCAUCAAGCAAAAGCUGCCAAAUAACAUUUGCCAUUCAUAUCCUUUGUAAGCCCUUCUUAUUAGCAGUUUAGCAUGUUUGGGGGUCAUAAAAAGAGAAAGUAUUGGUUAUUGAUUAUCUACUUUUAUGAAGCUCUAUGGUGUAUUUCUUAUGAACUAUAAUGGUUCUCAUUUGCUGGUAAAUUUUCUUAUAGUUAAGUAAAUGUAUUCAAAGAUGUUUUCAUAGUGCCAAGCAACAUGGUGAUCCAAUGGUUAUAUAAAAAUAAUAAAAUACAAGGUGUCCUGAAAGUUUCAGGGCAGUUUUUAGCUUUAAUAUAGUGUGCCUGGGCCCCCCAGAGGACUGCAGCAUAUGUAUACAUGCUGUAAAUCUUUACAAAAUAUCAUUUGAAAGUGUAAUUGUAUUUCUUCUUUUUAUUUUUAAUAGAUGAUGCCCACUAUAUUGCCCAAGCUACAGUGCAAUGAUUAAUCAGAGACACAAUCAUAGCACACCACAGCUGAAAAUCCUGGCCUCAAGCAAUGUUCCCAUGUCAGCCUACCAAGUAGCUGGGACCAUGGGUGUGUACCACUGCCUCUGGCUUUAUUUUGCAGAAUUUGAAUGUUAAACUUUUAACCUUUUGUUUCAGUCAAUAUCUGCUAUCUGCAAGAAGGACUGAAACAAUAAAUUAAAAGCUUAAUACUCAGGAGCUAGGCAUGCUUGUAGUCCCAGCUACUCAUGAGGCUUAAAUGAUCACUUGAGGCCUAGCCUUGGAGGCUGCAGUGCACUGUGAUUGUGCCUGUAAAUAGCUAUUGCCCUCCAGCCUUGGCAACAUAAUGAGACACUGUCACUUUAAAACAUGGCAAAACUAAAUAAACGUAAAAGAAAUACAACAAGCUUUUCAAUGAUGUUUUGUAAAUGUUUGUAGCAUUAUUACUUCUACAAGUAUCAAAGCUUAAAAUUACACUAAGACUUUUGGAAUUCUUGUGUUUUUAUAAAGUGCCCUUUUCUCUUGUAAAGUAGCUCUUUGCAAGGCUUUUAUCUGCAUUGAUCACCUCAAAUUAUUUUCCCUAGAUGUGAUAAAGAGGAGGAUCUGUGUUAAUUCAUGUGUAACAAAUUAGAAGGAAUUGGAUCCUAAUAGUAGUAGGUGAUGUAAUACAUUUUAUUAUCCCACAUGUUAGCCUGGGUGCAGGUAUCAUAUUUCAUGUCCUGCUAUUUAAAAAGAACUUCCAUAAACCUUCGGAAUCCUACCUCCUGAAAACGUAUCAUUUAUGGAAUGCAGAGCUUAGAGACUGGAGUAUUGAUUGCAGUUUUAUUUUCAAAAUAAAUGCUACAAUUGAUGUGGUUUUCAUUUCUCAUGUUUAUAUUAAAAGAAAACCUAG